AACGUGAUAUGUCAUGUCCUUGCCCACCCCAACAAAAGUGAGACCCACCAAAAUUACGAAUUUGCCAUCAUCUUCUUCCUCGAGCAAACAAACCCAGCACUGAACAAACCCAGCACCUAGGUUGAAUCAAACCCAACAACGCCCUUUUUUUUCAUUCCUCUUCCUUGCCUUGCUUUCUUCAUCAUCAUCAAACACAUCAUCAUCAAACACCAAACCCACAGAAAAAAUAUUUAUGUUUUCUACCCCUGGGUUCCAUGAACCCAUGCCUGGGUUUGACAGAACCUAGGGUCGGGUUCCAUGGAACCCAACCCGGGCAAGCGUGCUGGGUUCGCAAGGAACUCAACACUUGGGAAUAUUUUGCAAUUAGGCCUGCGAUGGAGAGUUGGUGAUGGACAACGAAUUAAGUUUUGGCAGGACAUUUGGUUAAGUGACAAGCCUUUAUAUGAAGUUGCUCUUUCCCUAGUGUUACCUGCUCUUAUGGAUACCCCAGUUUCACACGCCAUUAACUCAACUCGAGAUUGGGAUGCGGAUUGGCUUAGAAAUCUCCUCCCUAACAAUGUAGUUGCUCAGAUCUUGGCAACUCCAAUUCCAGCAUUUCAACAACAAGAGGAUACAGUGUUUUGGAACGACUCACCAGAUGGUACUUUCUCUGCUAAGUCGGCUUUCGAGCUGUUACAACAGCAGCAUGUUGUUUUAACUUAGCAAGGGGAGAGUUGGAGGUGGAUAUGGAAAUUACAAUGCAUAGAGAAAAUUAAAUUAUUUGUUUGGCUGCUUUGCAAAAACAGAGUGCUCACAAACAAUGUCAGAUUUGCGAGACACUUUGCUGCAACUCUAAUUUGCCCGAGAUGCGAGCAGAGCCCAGAAACCCCACUUCACCUAUUGCGUGAUUGCUAUCACUCACGUUUGUUCUGGGAAGCUACUUCUGUGUUACCUCCUGACUUUUUCAUGCUGGGCUUUAACGAAUGGUUGCGGAAGAAUGCACAAACUUCAUCGACUAGUGAUGCUUCACGUCAUAACUGGUCUACACUUUUCUUCUCUGCCAUUUGGGUGAUCUGGAAGAAUAGAAACGCUCUUAUUUUUGACAAUCAAAGAACUCCUCCCCAUAUCCUAUUUCAACAUGCUUCCUCCUUAGCUAGAGACACAAGCUUGGGGCUGGCCACAAACAUUCUUGCUCACCCUCGCCUACCUAGGUGGGUAAGAUGGCUUCCUCCUAAUUUCCCUUUCCUCAAAUUGAAUACAGAUGGGGCGAUGAGUCAAGCAUCGGGAAAUGCUAGUGCAGGAGGUCUCAUUCGAGAUCAUGGAGGGCAGUGGCUACAUGGCUUUGCGAUUAAUAUUGGGCCACAAACUAGCUAUAUGGCAGAGCUUUGGGGUUGUCGCGCUGGCCUUCGGUUAGCUCUCGAGAUGGGUCUCACCCACCUGGUCCUUGAAAUGGAUUCCUUGUUGGCGGUGCAGGCGAUACUGGCAAGGAAAACCGGGGAUGGCCCAGCUUCAAUACUUCUGUUGGACAUCUUCCACCUUGUAAAUUCCUUUGAGGUUUGCACGGUGCAACACACUUUGAGGGAAGGAAACGCAGCAGCUGAUUACAUGGCCUCUAUUGGACAAACUCUCACCCAGGGCACUGGUUUUUUUCAAUCUCCACCUCCGGGUAUCAGGAGCAUCCUCCAUGAAGACUGCAUAGACACUUUGUUCCUCAGGACUUAGCGUUGUCUAGCUUCUUCUGUACCAAAAAAAAAAAAUAAAGAAAGAUAUGGAGCAUUCUGAGCGUUCUCACAAAAGCAAUAUUUUUGGAUCUAUAUUGUAUUUCACCCAAAUUUUAGGACCUCUUCAUAAUUUUGUAUUUUUUGUGAAUAAAAAAUGUCUCUUUUU